AUAUUGGCGUUUAACCUAGUCGGCUUCACGGUCGCCCAGGAUAAUAUAAAACCUAUGUAUAAAACACAAUGGUCUCUUCAUUUAUAUAAAUAAUAAUGUCUAUCCCACCUGGAUCCAUAAUCGUGUCGGACUGGUUCCACUGUGCAGACAGCAGAGAGUUUUUCAGCAAAAUACUGCAUAAGAAGACACGGCGAAAGUUUGGGCUCUUGGAGGCACCGAUGAUGCCUCCUCAUAUGAAUGUGGACAUCGUUCGCUACAAGGUUCUUAUCUCUGGUAAAAGUGGAGUUGGGAAGAGCGCUCUUGCUUCCCGUCUCGCUGGCCUCGAACUACCCAAAAUGCAUUAUGAAACCACAGGCAUAGAGACAACUGUGGUCUUCUGGCCUGUGAGACUAAAGGACAGUGGCCGUGUGCUGUUUUUCCGCUUUGAGCUUUGGGACUGUGGGGAAAGUGCCUUGCGAAGAUUUGACCACAUGUUACCAUCAUGUAAGGAACAGGUGGAUGGCAUCCUUUUCCUGUUCUCCUUCACUGAUCGUGGCUCCUUCGAUGAUCUUUCAAAUCAGAUAUCACGGAUCACAGAAUCUUCAGAUCGAGUGGUUAAAUUGGUGGUUGGCACCAAAUUUGACUUAUUUAUGCACACAGACGUGACAGAGAGUGACGUAGCACAUUUUCAAGAGGUGUGGGGUCUUCCGGUCUUCCGAGUGGGAGGUGAUGUUAGUGCGGGGCUUGGUGAAGUAGCACCUCUCCUAAAUGCUCUUGCAGAAAAUCUGUGGUACCAGGACUGCAUUGCUGCUUCAACUGUCUCCAUCUCCCCACAGGCUGCUCUUAGAGAAACAGGCUCAGAGAUUAUUGUAUAGCUUGUAUAGAUAGAUCAAUUUCACAUGUAUUGGUCAGUAUAAGGUAAAAUUCAUGGAUGGACUAUGCUGCUGAAAUACCCCGAAUACCCAAUUACUUGAAAUAAUUUUUGCUUUCUAAAUGCCUACAAGUUUAUUAGCCAUUUCAGUCCAGUGAAGUGCAAAUAUCCGUGAGACAAAAAAUAGUCUUGUAAAUGGUGAUAAAAAAAAAUGUCUGCAAGAAAUAAAUUGUUAUAUGCAUAUAUUCAUUGACCUCAGAUCAUAUAUAUUGAAGUCAAAAAACAUUUAUGUUUUUGUUUGUUCACCCAAAUUAUGACAUUUAGUAAAUCAAUUUAAAGGAGAAAACAGAUUCAACUUCCUAAAAUUCUCAAACAUAGACUCAUGCAUUAGGUCUUCACUUCUUUUAUUGAAUCCAUGAUUACCGGGCCCUUUGCGGUGUGUUUUUGGGCUUUAAUACUCAACAAGCCACCUUUCCCAAUUGAAGAUGUGACUGACAUUGGAUCCACAUCAGCAGGGAAUUGGCACUUCUGACAAACAGCGUCCACAAUUGUGCCAUCUGAUGCCAACUGAUUCAUCAGGUAGGAAAAAUGGAAAAGAAAUUAAUUUUAGUUCCAUUAUUAAUUCAUUUAAGAAAUUAAAUCAAGCAUAAGAACUUAAGAAAAAAAUAAAAUAAAAACAUGCCUAGAGAUUUCAAUCCUAUCCAAUACUAAAUUACCUAUUGAGCCAUUAGUUUAUUUUGCUUACCUUUUCUGCACAUACUUGUAUAGAAUUAUUGGUGGAGGUUACGAUAACUUCUUCUGGUGCAAACUCACUGACAUUUACUGUGAAUAUAUAAAUAUCUCCAACAGUGGAAAUCCCCCCCUUUGAAAAACAGAUAUUCAUGGUUAAUUCUUUAUGUAGUUCACAUUAAUAUGAUUAUUGUGUUAGACGUUAGAAUACAUUAUUUGCAGAGGUUGUCUACAACACAAUAUUUAAAAGAAUUUUUUUUUCUUUACAAAACUUACCUUUGAAGCACCACUUUCCAUUGUAGAUUUGUUUGGUAGAAAGGAAACAGGACACUUAAUCCAGCUCUUUAUUUCAUUUAAGAUUUUGUCUGAACAAUGAACAAUGAAAGAACAAUGUGAUGCUUUUAUACCACAGGCUGGUUUUGGGUGAGGCUUGUAUGAUGUCUAUGUGCAGAAUGUAUCAUAUAAUAGAGAGAAGAUAUUUAUCUUGUAGGAUGAAAAUAAUAUCCUCUGUCUGGUCAGCACUGCAUUAAAAUGGUCUUUUAGAGAAUACCUUAGAAUUUUGGAAUAAAAAAUAUAUAAUUUUUAAAAACAGUAAACGAUAUAUUGAUUGAUUUCAAAUGUGAGAUUUGAUAAUGACUAAAUAAAAAUGUGUCUCUCAACCUAGUAACUAAUACAAACAACGGAGGGCUGAUGUGAAAUUCCACAUCCACAUUAAAGCUGUCAUAUCAGUACUAAAUAACCAGAAGGGCCCUUUUUCGUGUACGUGAUGGAAAGUUAAUAUAAAAGGGUAGAGUAAACAGACACAGAUCCCUAAAUAACUUAAAAAUAUUCUCUUCGCUCCUACAUUCAACUCAACUCGACAUGGGACUUUUAUUCUAAAACGCUCGCAGGUAUAGUGGCCAUUUUGAAAACAGCCUUACUACCUCUUGCUUCAUCUCGUCUUCCGUGAUCCAGUUCAUUGACGAAUUUUGUCGGCGGGCUUUUUUAACGUGACAGAAAUGCACAUCUGAAAACUAUUUUCAUUUAAAAAUAACAAUUUUACGAUACACUCGUAGCCCACACAGCUGAUUAACCAGAUCCAGACUCGCUGUUUUUAACUAGA